UUCACCACAUUACACACCUUUCCUUUUACAUUACCCCCCAAACACUUCAAUGGAGAACUCCGUAAACAACUGCACGAGACAAAGAGUGUUCUCCAAUCACCAAAUCAGAACGAUACACGAAGAAGAUCAAGAAGAGAGUAGUUGGAUAGUCUACUUUGAAGACAUUGAUCAUGACGAUGAAAUGGUGGAGACCGAACAAGAUAUGAGUCAUUACUACGAUAAUGAUUCCUCAAUGAUCUCGGACGCUGCAUCUCCUGUCCGCACCAAUAAUGUUGUUCGUCGAAAGGCUACCAACAUUAAUACUAACCCUAAAAAGAGAAGAAUCAUUCAUCAACACAAAGAUGAAGAAGAAGAACACAAAGGAGAGAUUGAAGAAGAAGAUGAAGAAGACACAGCUUCUUCUCCUUCUAAUAAAACCAAGGUUAGAUACAUACUGGAUGGUGCGGAAGAUACUGAAAAAGCCAUGGACAAUGUUACAUCUGAGGAGAAAGGAUACAUAACACUUACAGAGACAGGAUCGAAGAUAAAUGAAGUUAUGAAUGAAGAAUUCUCUGCAGAGUUGAAGAAGAGAGGACUUUGUGUAGUUCCUUUGUCUAUGUUAUCUAACUUUAUUGCUUGAUGAUGUUUUUACUUUUCUAACCGCUGUCAUUAUUUUUUAUUCUUCUGAUUCUUUCAUGUAAAAUUGUUACCAGUAUUGACCAAAAUGUAUAGAUAUCGAAAUUUCAUAUUGGAAAGUUUUAAA